AUGGUGGUUGAAGCCUACAAUGCAGCGGAGAUCUUGGUGGAACCAAGCUCGGGAUAUGAAUAUAGAGAGGGGUACGGGGUCAAGGCAUGGCCAAGUGAGCUAUUCGCGGUGACGGGUGGUACUGCAAAAUGGAUGGAAUCAGAACUCGAAACCGUUGUCAAAUUGGGCUACAUUGACCCUCUCAAUGUUCCUUGCACCGCAUGGGAUUGUGCUCGCAACUGCACUGCUACAUAUGCUGGAGACAGAUCGAUGAUUCGAAUCCUUGGGAACGAUUACCCGACAUCGUGGAGGGACAGCUGUAAUUGUAUAAGAGGAUGUCCAGCAGUGACAUAUCCAGCUUUCCAUGUAUUGUUCGGGGUGGAUGAGAAUUACAACGAAAUCAUCACCUCGACUGUCCUUGGACCAUUGUCAACCACAGCCACCAAGACUGUGUUCACCACAUCGGUUUCGAUCGAAGGCCUCUCAACUACUGGUUCUGGGACACUGGCUUCACCAACGCCUUUCUCGAACUCGACGGGAACAGUAUCAGGUUUGCCGUCAACGACAAGUAGCCGCAUACUUACUCCGACUAUUGACCCCUCACCGUCGCCGACAGGAAACGUGGGGAGCAGAUUUGGGACAGGUCGAGUGCUGCCGUCGUUUGGAAGUUUCUUGUUCGCUCUUGUUCUUCUAGCUGCUUGA